GGAACAACCUACUGUGACCAGGGAGUUUGUCUUUCCCUUCCGUCUUGGGAAUCCAGAAGAUAAUUUGAGGGUACCUUCAGAGAACCCAGACCCCUAUAGUAGCAAGAAGAGUCCCAAGUGGCCCCCACCUCCAGCACUAAGGGAGAUUCUGGGUGCCCGAGUCUAUCCUAAAAGUUGCCACAAAUUUUCUUCCGAGCGCCUCUCCUGUAAGGAUCUUCCAGCAGAGAUGGCCCUGGCCGAUUUCCACUACACCACGGGCAUCAGCAGCGGGUUCAAGGUCUACAUUUUAGAAGGCCAGCCUUCUUUUGAGAAUGAACAGAAAUUCCAGCGCCUCCCAGCCCAUCGGUUUCCAGUCUACUCAAUCAAACGUAAGCUCGUUGCUGAUGUGAGGAGCCUGGACCGAACCUCGGAAGGCCAAAGAGUGUCCAAAGUCAGGCGGUUGGCAUACGGACCCAUAGCAGCAUCCCUGGAGCAGACAGCGCCCCCUGCUGCCCAUAUCCUGGAAGGCCCUGCUUCUAUGUCCUGUGUCACCACGUCCAGACCGGAUCCUUGCAGAGAUUCUCAAGCGCUUCACCCAUCCUGCCCGUAUAGAUGCCCAUUGAGGAAGCCCCUUACAGUGUCCCAGUUGCAGCAGAUGCGCCCUUCGGUCAUCACUUGCGCCCCUCGCCGGAACAGCUCAGAGGCACUUACCAGCACCGGCCAUCCACAGAUCUCCCCCGUAAAGCAGAGGAACGAGGGGUCUCCCAGUUCUGCUUCCUCCCAGAGGUUUUGCGCAUGGACCACCAGCUCAGCAGGGCUUUCAACACGACUCAACGGAAAAGCAUCUUCCCAGGAGACAGAAGACCAGAAUCCCAACCCCAGCAACUGAUGGUCCAAGCUCCUGACCAGGAAGAGCCCCUUGCGUCCCUAUAGCCUUUCCUUCCUGUAGCCGGACCCACGAACUCCACCUGCCCAUCCUUUCCUCUUUUAUAUCCUAGCUGCCAUCCCUUCUCCUUCACCAUUCUCCUCGCUCAGGGCCUUCUCGCAGUCCUGUACACAUGAAACUGCCGUCUCCCGAAUCAGUCCCCUGGUGCCAUAAACCAUACCGUGAUCAGUCUUUUCUACUCUGAAGGGCAGCAGCUCCCAUCACUGACUGCCUGAUCCUUUUUUAACUGGGAUGCUGGGAAUUGAACCUGCAGCCUUCUGUGUGCAAGGCAGAUGUUUGGUCACAGAGCCAAGGCCUCCUCCCUAUCAACGAUGAGCCUAGUUCUGUCUUAAAUUCAGACCCUUUGGUUUCAAAGGUCCGCCUGGGUCCGAAUUUUGUUUCCAUUUACAUGUCCCCGGGUCUUCAAAAGUAGGACAGUGUGGGUUCACAAAUACCCUGUUCUCU